GUGAAACGAUUUAAACAGAGUAAAAUUCUAAUCAGUCACAUAAUUCAUUAGUCAUAUUGCGUACUUACUUACAAAGUGUAUGAUAUAGAGUGUGAGAGGAAGACAGGAUCUGUCUGGCUAUCAAGACCUUCCUAACUACACAGCUCUGUUUUAUUGCUAACAACUUUCUAUCAUUCAACACAAGCAUAACAUAUAUAUAUAUAUAUAUAUAUAUAUAUAUAUACACACAUAUAUAUAUAUAUACACGCUGGUAGUUAGUGUCUCCUUGUGCAUGAGUGAAUAUAUAAACAGAUAAAUAUAAAUAUAUAUAUAUACAUAUAUAUAUAUACAUAUACAUAUACAAGAAGCAUAAAAUAACAGAACCGGAUCUAGUUUGCUGAAACAGAUAGAGUGAAGGACAAGCAGGUGGAAAGAAAAGAAAAGAAGAAGAAGAAGAAAGAGUAAGAAUCAAAAGGAAACAAUGUUGGGGAAAUGUGUAGUUGUGAUAGCAGUGGUAUGUUUGGCCUUGGUAUGCAAUUUGGCCCAUGGACAAAGUAAUACUAACAAGCCCACCACUCCUGCUACAACUGAAGCAACUUCAUCAGCUAGUACGAAGCUGAGCACAGGACACUCAAGCUCCACUACCAUUCCUCACACGUCUUCACCCCACACAGACACUACAGAGAAAAGUACUACUAGUAUAUCUACCGAACAGUCUACUCCAAUCACAACUGCAAGUCAUAGCACUACACAUUUAAUAUCAACAACUGAUGUUCAUACAAAGACCACAGAUCACAAGAGUACAUAUACACCCAGCACACAUGAUCUUACCCCUACUGCCCAUGGGAAUCAUACUGAUGAUCCAACACAGUCUACAAGUUCCCCAGGUAACCAUUCGACUACUACACCUGGAAAUCACACAACACCCACUCCUGGAAACUACACAACACCCACUCCUGGAAACUACACAACAGUUACUCCUGGAAACUACACAACACCCACUCCUGGAAACUACACAACACCCACUCCUGGAAACUACACAACAGUUACUCCUGGAAACUACACAACACCCACUCCUGGAAACUAC